AGGGGGGGGGAGAAAGUCUGAAAAACUGUCAACAGCAGUGAAAUAUAGACAUGUUCAAACCGACGAAAGAACUCGAGAUUCAUACCACAAAACUUUGGCUCGGACCCAAAUUCUGAAACGGGACUCAAGUCCUGGUAGAGGUACCCACUCCCUGGAAGCCAAAAGUGUUGAUCAAGCUGAACUCGAAGACGGUUCCCCACAGAAUGGAUAGUAUAGGCUAGUGUCUUGUUUCUGUAGCCAGUGCUUUUUACACACGUAAGCAACUAUUUUGGCUUCUUCAUAUUGCUCCGCGUAUUGUCACACUGAGCUAAAAGAAAAAAGUACUUGGAACUGAGGGCCAAUAUUAACGUAGGACGUUACGUGAUGGGUUUUGAAGGAGGUUUCGUCGACGGAAUAUUUAUGCAGUUCAUUUCUUUUGGAGUGAGGCUGUCACACUUGUCGGAAUCACCGCCACUGUCGUCCCCGGCUGUCGACGCAGCUCUAGACUACAGGAGUCAUUUUACACUCAUCUGUUACAGCUCUCCGCUGAAGGAAGAGGAUUACCCCAUUCAGCCCGACUCUCUACGACCAUACUGCCAGUCAGACAGCUUGUUGUAAGCAGCGUAUAUUGGAGACAAACGUGUCAUCUGUUGGGAAAAAGAAAAGAGAGACAGUGAAGUGUCUCUAAAGUGAUCGGUGCUAUAGUACGACUGGGGUGGAAAAUAGAAGAGAUUUUUUUUUAAGUUUUAGAGGCCUUGUGUUUUCGAAGAUUGGAGUGUUUGUUUUGUGGAAUAAUUUGAAGACUGAAGAAUGCAACGCAAGCUUCCUUCGAUUAAAGUGACCAGAUUCAAAUAACAAUUCUUGUUGGAAAUUCCCACAUACCACCAAUCUAUCGCAUCUUUUUUCGACGUUUGUUACCCUGUCAAAUGUAAUAGACCAUCAGAGACAAUCCAACCAGUUCCGCCUAAAGGAAGUGAGAUCACCCCAAAAAGAAGUGAGAUCACCCCAAAAAGAAGAGAGAUCACCCCAAAGGAAGUGAGAUCACCCCAAAGGAAGUGAGAUCACCCCCAAGGGAAGAGAGAUCAUCCCCUAGGGAAGUGAGAUCACCCCAAAGGAAGUGAGAUCACCCCGAAAGGAAGUGAGAUCACCCCAAAAGGAAGUGAGAUCAUCCCAAAGGAAGUGAGAUCAUAUCACGUGUCCAGAGCCCUGAUGUGGGCGUGGUCCGGCCCGCUGUGUUCCUGGUCGGCCAGUGCCGGACCUGUAGCAUGCGGCUCCUGACACGGCUGACCCCCACGCUGCUGCUCCUGACGCUGACCACCCUCUUGACCACUGUCCAGUCCGCAGGAAACAGGCGCAAGCACGAGCAGUUGAAGGAUAUGAUCAAAACUUGGGAGAAAAGGCUAUCAGCGAUGGAAAGACAGAUCUUCACCGGACUGAUCUACACAGACAACAUGGCGCAGAGGCCCUUUGAGCUCGGACACACGGAGCGGACGUCAGCUGAUGGGCUCCGGUGGACGUCGUCUAGACAGUUCGUGGACUCAGUGCACGGGGCCCCCACACCUCACCGCAAGGCGGCCUUCGUGCCCGACAUUGAGGGUACAGUAAAAGGUCCCAGCCUCACGUACCACAGCUGUGUCAUACUGCACUGGAACCCGGAGCUGGGCAGGAGGAGAGGUUUGACUUGGCGCUUCCACCCGUGUAAAGGAGAGCCGCUGAGUUUUGUUUGCGAAGUGCGUCCGCCAAAGAGUAAUAGAUGUUCGAGGAAAAAUUCGAGGAGUCGGCGGUCGGCCCUUGUCUUCGGCGAUCACGAGGAAUCGCCAGACGUCGAGGAGGAGAAGUUUUGGCGGGAAAUCGAGAAUAUCGAAGAUGAAUUAAGUGAUGAUUCUGAUUUCGAUGACGAAGAUGAUGAAGAAGACGAGGACGUGGAGUUCGCUAAAAGUGAUGGUGUUGGCAGGAAUAAUGACAAUGAUGAUCCGUCCCCCUUUAUUUCGCUGCCUUGAACAUCUCCGAUUGUUCUUCACGAAAUCCCAAAAUAAAAGUAACCCGCUUUGUUCGUUUUUCCGCUUCAAGGGAACGCUUCCACGUGCGGCAAGUGUUGGAAUAUGUAAGUGUCAAAAAUUAUAGUUUUCCAAGUGAUUAAGAGCAUGAAAAACGCUCCACUCCUACCCAUAAGGAGAAAAAAAAACCCUUCUCUAUAUCCAUCUGUUCACACUGGAAACAUAACGUUCCAACAAAAUCGGCGUGGAGAAGCUUUCAUAUUUCCUGGAACACCCUGGCUCUUAUCCACGCUUCAAGACGGUGUUUAUAUAACGUACGUCAUCCCUUGGAUUAAAACACUUGUUAUGACUGGCCUUCGCAAACUCUUGCCGGCGUUGUAGGAGCGACACGCCACUUUCUGAUCCUGUAGAGUCUUUGUGUACAUAUUCUAUUAUACAUGCAACAGCUGGUGGCUAUGCUGCUCAUAAUAAUCUCCGUCGUCGGGCAAUAAAUGAUGACUCAUUCAGCACCUGGUGAUCCCCCUCGCUCAUCAUAAACAUUAUGACGGUCUGACGGUGGUAGUUUUUCACGGACUGAUGGUUCUUUAGUAGCACAAUUUACGACACGGAUUCUCAAAUUCGCGACCCGCGGCCAUUUGAGGUUCAUGGGACGAUAUUUUGUGACCCCUAUCUGACAUCAAAGUUUAGUGCCAGUCUUACCCAAGUAUAGCAGAGCUGAGCUACAUGUAUGUAGCAGGACGCAUCUGGCGGCAAAGCGAAAGAAAGAAAAGCCUACUCUGAAGAGCCGGUCUUGUUCUUUUUUUUCUAUGUGUAAAGAGAAGCACAUCGACACAAUAACGGUCAUUUAGUGCUGGGGAAAAGUAAGACAGACAGACCGACAGAAACAAAAGAGCGAAAGUAAAGAAAUGGGACCUACCAGAGGCGCCCUCCAACCACCCGCACCGUUGAUGUUCUCAACUGCUAUUAAUAAAGAUUCAGAAGAUGAGAUAAAUUGUACAAAAUAAACAUACUUGUAACCUUUUUGUUAUUGUGAAUACUUGAUGUGACCCAAGCUCACCCAGACUGCACUCCCAGCGGUCACCCAGAGCGGUUUGAGUUUGAGACUCCUAAUCUACGUGUCAGCCCAUAGAGAUGAUGCCAAAGUGAAGCCAGCCGUGAGAUCGUCCGGAGUGACGUCACAAGAGGUGGAAAAAAAUCGUCAUGGUGCUGCCAUUGUGGCAUAAGUCAGACUUAAGCAUGACGGAAUGCAACCAUUAUUCAAUUCCCCUUUUCAUGCAUGUUGCUUUGCUGAAAUUUAGUAUUUACAUUUCUCAAAAUUGGUGGGCCGUUAUCCUAAAUUUUGACUUUUUUU